CAAACCACACGCUCUCCAAUCUCCACAGGCCAUCAUGUUGGUUCUCCGUGGAGUGGCCAGUGCCACCACGCUCUGCUACAGUUUCCCGCCGUUACUAUCGAAACCCACCUCUCUUUUGCCGCAAAGGCCACUCCCCAAGAGCCAAGCCAGGACCUUGGGAUCGCUUUACGGUUGGAGAAGAAAUGGAGUCCGUAUAUCUACUGCUGUGUCGACUCAGUCUGAAAUUCUUGUCCAGAACGAAAGCACAGAGGAGACCCAGAAAGAGGAGACUAAGAGAGUUGUGCUCCCUACUAAUGACUCUUCUGAGAACCUUUUAAGAAUUCGCCACACGUGUGCUCAUGUGAUGGCCAUGGCUGUUCAAAAGCUCUACCCAGAUGCAAAAGUGACUAUUGGACCAUGGAUAGAAAACGGGUUUUAUUAUGAUUUUGAUAUGGAGCCUUUGACAGAUAAAGACCUCAAGAGAAUUAAAAAGGAGAUGGAUCGCAUCAUUGGUCGCAAUUUACCGCUUAUAAGAGAAGAGGUUUCCAGAGAUGAAGCUCAGAGAAGAAUAAUGGCUGUUAAUGAACCUUACAAGAUAGAGAUUUUGGACAGCAUAAAAGAAGAUCCCAUCACCAUAUAUCAUAUUGGUGAUGAGUGGUGGGACCUCUGUGCUGGGCCUCACGUUGAAUCUACUGGCAAUAUCAGCAGGAAAGCCGUUGAACUUGAGUCUGUUGCUGGUGCUUAUUGGAGAGGAGAUGAAAACAACCAAAUGCUGCAGCGGAUCUAUGGAACAGCUUGGGAGAAUGAAGAAGAAUUAAAAGCAUACCUUCACUUUAAAGAGGAGGCCAAAAGAAGGGACCACAGACGCCUUGGUCAAGAUCUUGAUCUCUUUUCCAUACAGGAUGAAGCUGGUGGAGGUUUAGUCUUCUGGCAUCCAAAAGGUGCCAUUGUUAGACACGUUAUAGAAGAUUUGUGGAAGAAAAUACAUAUAGAACGUGGAUAUGAUUUGCUAUACACUCCCCAUGUGGCAAGAGCGGAUCUUUGGAAGAUCAGUGGUCAUUUGGAUUUUUACAGGGAAAAUAUGUAUGAUCAGAUGGAGAUUGAGGAUGACCUAUAUCAACUUCGACCCAUGAACUGUCCUUAUCAUAUAUUGGUUUACAAAAGGAAGUUGAACUCAUAUCGGGACUUCCCCAUAAGGGUUGCUGAGCUUGGAACUGUAUACAGAUAUGAGUUGUCUGGAAGCUUACAUGGCCUAUUCCGUGUUAGGGGAUUUACUCAGGAUGAUGCCCACAUCUUUUGCUUAGAAGAUCAGAUUAAAGAUGAGAUUAGAGGUGUCCUUGAUCUUACAGAAGAGAUACUGUUGCAAUUUGGUUUUAGCAAAUAUGAAGUGAACCUCUCCACUAGGCCAGAGAAAGCUGUUGGAGGUGACGAUAUAUGGGAAAAAGCAACACUUGCGCUUAAAGAUGCUUUGGAUGAUAAGAGAUGGAUCUAUCAAAUUGAUGAAGGUGGUGGCGCCUUUUAUGGCCCCAAGAUUGAUCUUAAGAUCGAGGAUGCUCUUGGACGGAAGUGGCAGUGCUCAACCAUACAGGUUGAUUUUAAUUUACCACAGCGGUUUGACAUAACUUAUAUUGACUCAAAUUCAGAAAAGAAAAGGCCUAUCAUGAUCCAUAGAGCAGUGCUUGGAUCCUUGGAGCGGUUCUUUGGAGUCCUGAUUGAGCAUUAUGCUGGAGACUUCCCACUGUGGCUUUCUCCAAUCCAAGUUCGUGUUUUACCUGUUACAGACACUCAGCUUGAAUACUGUAAUGAGGUAAGCAUCAAACUGAAAGCUUUUGGUAUUCGAGCUGAAAUUUGCCAUGGGGAGCGCUUGCCUAAGCUCAUCAGAAAUGCAGAGAAGCAGAAGAUCCCAUUAAUGGCAGUUGUGGGUCCCAAAGAAGUUGAGACACAAACUGUAACAGUUAGAUCUAGGUUUUCUGGGGAGCUCGGGACCAUGAAACUUGAUGAGUUUAUAACCAAGACCAAACAUACCAUUGAAAACAGAGCUUCAUUAUAAAGUUCUUGUGCUUGAGAAUUUAUUUGAAUACAUAUGAGAAAAUGGAUUUGAAAAGAACGGGUACAGACGAGUGUGAAUAUUUUGUUUCAAGUAUACAUGAAAACUGAACUGAAGAUUUCAGAUUGCGCAAUAUGAUUGUAAGAUUUUCCCUUUUAUCUUUCAGUUUGUUUCUCUUA